CUUUCGUUCAAACAAGGACUACGUAGAGAGAUGGAGUCCUACGACAAUGUUGUCAAGCCAUGGUGUUCUUGCAUCCUUCUAAGCCUUUUACUCCUCUUCGUGUCUUCACCAUCAUGCUCCGCAGAUCCUGAGACUCAUUAUCACGAGUUUGUUGUUCAAGCAACACCAGUGAAGAGGCUGUGCAAAACCCAUAACACAAUAACGGUUAAUGGACAAUUUCCAGGGCCAACCUUGGAAGUAAGAAAUGGAGACACGCUUGUGAUCAGAGUGAUAAACAGAGCCAGAUACAACGUCACUAUCCACUGGCACGGCGUUCGUCAACUGCGAACAGCCUGGGCGGACGGGCCAGAAUAUGUGACUCAGUGUCCCAUCCAACCUGGAGGGAGUUACACUUACCGGUUCACCAUCCAGGACCAAGAAGGAACAUUGUGGUGGCAUGCUCAUAGUUCAUGGCUCAGAGCCACUGUUUAUGGAGCUCUAAUUAUCUACCCAAGACUGGGUUCUUCCUAUCCAUUCACUAAGCCCAAACGAGAAACACCUGUUCUCCUUGGGGAAUGGUGGGAUGACAAUCCCAUUGAUGUCAUCAGGCGGGCAACACGAACGGGAGCCGCUCCUAACGUGUCUGAUGCAUAUACCAUCAACGGCCAACCCGGUGAUCUCUAUAACUGCUCCAGCCAAGACACUGUUAUAAUUCCGGUGGACUCCGGUGAGACCAACCUCCUCAGGGUGAUCAAUGCUGCGCUAAACCAAGAACUCUUCUUGGCUAUCGGCAACCACCAGUUGACGGUUGUUGCUGCGGACGCAUCCUAUAAAAAGCCCUUCACAACAUCUGUUCUAAUGUUGGGUCCAGGGCAGACCACUGACGUCCUUAUAACAGCUAAUCAACCACCGGGCAGAUACUACAUAGCCGCUCGGGCUUAUCAGAGUGCUCAGGGCGCAGCAUUCGAUAACACCACUACCACUGCCAUCCUUGAAUACAAGUCCGCCCCCUGCCCAAAGAAGGGGCUCACCCUCCAACCCGUCUUCCCAUCCUUACCUGCUUACAAUGACACUACCACCGCCACCGCCUUUGCAGCCAAAUUCAGAAGCCCCUCUAAGGUUGACAUCCCCACCGACAUUGAUGAAAACCUCUUCUUCACGGUGGGUCUAGGCCUCUUUAACUGUCCACCCGGUUUCAGUCAGAGCCGAUGUCAAGGUCCAAACGGAACCCGCUUCACCGCUAGCAUGAACAAUGUCUCCCUUGUGCUCCCAUCCAGCUUCUCCAUAUUGCAAGCCUACCAGCAAGGCGUUCCUGGAGUUUACACCACAGACUUCCCACCAGUCCCACCAGUGCAGUUCGACUAUACCGGUAAUGUCAGCCGAGCCCUCUGGCAACCUAUUUCAGGGACCAAGCUCUACAAGUUGAAGUACGGCUCAAAGGUGCAACUAGUAUUACAGGACACGAGUAUCGUCACCGCCGAGAACCACCCAAUUCAUAUUCAUGGUUAUGAUUUCUACAUCAUUGCAGAGGGCUUUGGGAAUUUCAAUCCUCAAACAGAUACAGCUAAAUUCAAUCUUGUUGAUCCACCAAUGAGGAACACUGUUGCAGUACCGGUGAAUGGAUGGGCAGUGAUUCGCUUUGUUGCUGAUAACCCAGGAGUUUGGCUGAUGCACUGUCACUUGGACGUUCACAUAACCUGGGGAUUAGCUAUGGCCUUCCUGGUGGAGAAUGGGGAAGGGGAACUGCAGUCUCUACAGUCUCCUCCAGCUGAUCUGCCCCCUUGUUAAUAUCUUCAAUUGCAAACAAUAGCCAAAUCCAAAUGCUGCCUGAGACAGAAUUGUUAUCUGUCAGAGAGCAGGGUUUUCUGGUCCUUCAAUCGGUUUGUCUGUUGUUGUACGUAUUGUAUACCCGCAUUUGGGACAAUGUUCUUGUUGUUAUGUGUUCUUUCUCAUCCACUCUCCCUAUUUAGUAGCUAGGCUGGGCUCAAAGAAUUAGUGUCAAUUUUCUCGCAUUGCGCAGACCCUCUGGAUAUCCAGCUUCUUCUUUGUUUCUAGCCACAUCAUUUUUCAGACCUUGUGUGAGAGAUGAAUGUAAAAUUUGAAAUAUCCUAGUUAUUAU